GAAACCCUACGUACUUCCGAUCGAUCUCCCACGGCGGCGGAAGCAACAGGCAUCGACGUAGAUCCAUCCUCGUUCGUAUUCCUCGUGUGGUGUCCACCUCGGCUAGAUCUUAGGGCAGUGACAGUAUGAUAAAUUGUUCAUCUUUGUCUUGCGGAAGAAACUAUUGUUGCUAGAAUUUUUAUGCAUCGGACUACUAGGUUUCUCGUUGUUGCUUCUGCGGCCUGUUGGAUUUAGUGAAUGUUUCUGUGCGAUUUCUACAACGUACUAUAUACAUAAGUAUCUAACAACUGGUGCUCUUUGGUUUUUGCACAUUCAGAACAAUGUAUGUUUUGGUCAAGAACCCCGCCGGUAGGACGAUCCGCCUCAAGGUCCGUGAAUCAGAUACAUUGGGUUCUAUCAAGGCAAUGAUACAGGAACGUCACUUCCUCUUCUCCAACGGGGUGCAGCUAGACGACAACCGUACUCUGGCUGAUUACAACAUUCAGCAUGAGUCCAUGCUCGAGCUUCAAGAGAAGAUGCAGAUCUGCGUGACGGAGACGCUGAUGAAUAGGACUUUCCCCCUCGACGUCGACCGCCUGGAUACCAUCGACAACCUGAAGGCCAAGAUUGAGGACCUUGAGGGCUUCCCCAAGGCUCAACAGUGCCUCAUCUUCGACGGCAAGCGACUGGAGGACGGGAACAAAACCUUGGCCGACCACAAUAUUCUCAUGGAAUCAAAGAUUCUCCUCAUCCUUCUCCCGUGUAUUCCUAGAGGAGACAUGAUGCAGAUUAGUAUGAAGACGCUAGAAGGGAAGACCAUCACUCUCGAGGUUGGGAGCUUUGAUACCGUCGACAGUGUCAUGGUGAAGAUGUACGAGAUGAAAUACGCCCCUUACCCAAAGCAGCAGCGCCUCAUCUUUGCAGGCAAACAGCUGGAGAGAGGACGAACCCUAGUGGACUACAACAUUUGUAAAGACUGUAUCCUUCAUUUGGUGCUUUGCCUUUGCGGUUGUUGAGAUGCAUGGCCUGCCAUUGAACAACCUGUUUUUA